CACACAACUUCAUAGUAAUUUCAUUUGAUAGAUACAUUGUUUUACUUUAUAUUUGCUUUAGUGCCACAAUUAUUACGACAGAGCACGCAACGUUACCAUUGUAACACAACUAACGCGGGAGGUCCGUGAAGAAAACUUCCUGUCCGUCGUUAAACACUUCCGGGAUGACACACUGUCACUUUGGACCAAAGGUACCUACUUUGCUGUCACUCUUAAGGUUCGCCUGUUCGGAAGAAAACGAGCUUAAAUUAAGUGUAAGAAAAUUACAUUAACCGUCGUUAAAUCUUUUACAUCAGUUAAGAUUAGUCGAACCCGAACACAAUUCCCGGGCUGUCGUGUUAAUAAGUACAGAGAGAUUAACGCGAAGGAGCGUGCCAACAAGUGGAACAAGUUGUACUAUUAUUCCGCCAUGGACGUGCUGAUAAACGUUAUCAACCAAAGUCAAGGAAGAGACCGCAUUUUCAGAGCAACUCAACACGCCUGUGCUUUGUGUGCUCAUGUUCUCCAACACAAUUGGGAGCAAAAAGAACUUGUGGACAAACUCAAGAGUCUGGAAGCCAACUUGAGUGCUGGACGAAAGUUGUUGAGGCUGGGGAACGCAGCAAGUGCCAUUGAGGCUGCCAAACGAGCUGUGCGACUCUCAGACCGAGUGCUUUGCCUCUGCCUUACCACGGCCAACAUCAACCGUGCACUCUACUUUAUCUGCGACAACGCACUCUGGGCAAGGAACGUGGGCCUCGUCCGAGGUAUCGACAAGGAACGCUGGAGCGCUAACGCCUCCCGUUGCUACUUGCUCUCGCUCAUUACGAGCCUGACCAGAGAUGUUUACGUCAUCUCCCAGUUGAUGGUGCACAGGGCGAGAGAUCAGCACUUCAGGCAGAAGAUGGAUGCGCAUCUCAACCAGAGUCCUGAAGUAGUUGACGUCAUAAUCCCUCAGUUGGAUGCUUUUCUCUUUCUGCUGCUGCACAGCUUAAAGUCACAGCCGUCUGUCUUCUUGGACACCAUCAAAAACAUUUGUGAUCUGCCCCUGCCCCUGGACAAAUUGGGCAUCUAUAAGUCAAACGCUGGGGUGGUUGCCUUUUGUGGCCUGGUAUCUUCAUUGAUCGGGAUUGUGACGCUCAUACAACCCAAGCUGAGAAUUAAACCAUAAAGACACAUUCCUCCAUGGCUUAAGCUACUGGAGAGUUAAAUAAUUACUCUGUGGAGUAGUCAUGCACCUUGCACACAUAGAGAUGAGACAAUUGGUACACCUUAAAUGGGAUUAUUUUCCACAGCCUGGUACCUACUCGGCUCUAUAACGUAUUUCUGUUAGCCAAAGCAGGUACUAUCAGUUGUUGUUUCUAGUAACUGCACUGCUUGGGUUCCAAAUGGGGGACUGGUAAAAAACACUGCUUGUUGCUCAUCCGUUGAGUAAAUUUUAAGCAGUGGUGUCCCAACUGCAGCCUGGGGGUUUCUUUACACACAAUAAAAAAUCAUCUGCAUUUGAAAAUAAGGGAAUUUUUCGGGAAAAAAGGGAAAUUACUCUCACUGCAAGCCCACUCAAAUCAGGUGUCCAAAGUGCGACCCAAAGCUCAUUCUUAAUAAUACUCUUCUUAAUUAAAAACACUAACGAGUGUAAUGUAACGAGAACAAUUUGAAAUGUUGAUGCUACAUUCAUAUGGCCCCAUUUGUCAUUGUUUGCCUGUCACAUGAAACGUGAUACAUUUGGAAGGUACACUAUCCACUUUAGCCACCAGAUGGCACUAAAGUUUUGAAUACCUUAAAAUGUGUCUUGCGGAAAUUCCAUUUUUGACCACAGCGUGUUUCUAUCGUUUUCAGCAGAUUGCAUUGCAAAAUGGUUAACCCCCACACCUCCUUCCUUUCACGUGAGAUCCACCCAGGAAUGGGGCCAUAUGACUCCCUUCCCUACUGUUCUAUAAUAACACAUAACUAACACGACAGCUGUGUUUUUUUUGUUUGAAAAAAAAGUUUGGACGCCCUGCAAUAAUGGUUAUCCUGACCUGGGUGUGGAAAGAGCUACCCACUACAUUGUUACCUGUAGUACUUAAGUUUGAGUUUAUUUUGAACUUGCAUCCAUCCAUACAACACCCCAAAGGGAAUAAGAAGUUAAAUACGGGAAAUUUACAGGAAGCUAUUUAAAUGGGAGAGCAGCGACAGGGAAUCAACUCAAUUCAAUUUCCAGUUCUUGGGGUGACAAUUCUGUUCAGAAUCGAUUCUCCACUCAAACCGAUUUCCGCAAAGUAUUGUUUGGUAAAAGAAAUGAUGAAACCACUUCAAAACAGGUUGCAACAUUUGACGUAUAUGUGCAAAGAGUAAGUACGGAGAUGGCCUGAAAAAUGUUGUUCUGAAAAUUGAUUCUAUAAAAUAUUAAAUAUAUACUUUCUUAUUGAUUUUUGAACAUUUUAAAUUAGAAUAAAUAAGGGUCAUGUUUCUAUUGUGAA